AUGGCUGCCGACCCCGGAUCAAAGCUGUGGCCCCUGAUGAAGAGAAGUACUAUUGUGGAUUAUGUCCACCAUGUCAGUGUCACCUUUAUCGAUUUGGAAAACCUCCUUGAUAUAGAACUGGAAUCAAGAGAAAACUGUCUCAUCAUCGCUGAGGAGUAUCUUAUCACUGACAAAAGACGGAAGAAUAUCGAGAAUCUUGAAGAGAGAGAUGCACUUGACCUAAUGUGUGAGAAAUAUAUGAUGGAGUUUAAAAUAUGGGUUAAAGUACUGAAACAACAAACCGAUGGGGUUGAAAGGUGCCAAGAGCGGCACAAAUUGCUUGCUCCGCGAUUGAUGGAGAUGACAACCGAAGACAUGAAAAAACUCAUUACGGAAUUCGAAGCCCAGGAAGAUAUUCUUAUUGAUUAUAUGGAGACUGUUGAGAUGCCUCUUCUACCUGAGGGAACCAUAUACGAUGAGUAUAUUGAGCUUAGAGAUCAUGUUGAUUCGUGGCUUACUAGACUUCAAUAUCGGAUUGAAGACUUAGAGGACGAAAUCGAGAAUGGAGUAGAGAGGAAAAACUGUGAGGAAUAUGAAAGGGUUUGGGGUCGAGGUGGGGAAUUUGUCAUGAUAUGGCUCCUGAACCGGGCACUUGUUUUUAUCCUCACUCUGCAUUAA